AUGUUUGUAUUCCUCCCUCCCUCUCUUUCUCUCUUUAUCUAUCUAUCUAUCUAUCUAUCUAUCUAUCUAUCUAUCUAUCUAUUUAUCCAACUAAAAUUGCACAUAUCUAUCUGUCUGUCUAUCUACCUAUCUAUCUAUCUGUCUGGCUUAUCUAUCUAUCUAUCUAUCUAUCUAUCUAUCUAUCUAUAUAUCUAUCUAUCUAUCUAUCUAUGUAAACUCUAUUCGUAUCUAUCUAUCUAUCUAUCUAUCUACCUCACCCUGUCAAUAUCUAUCUUACUAUUUAUCCAACAAAAGUUGCACUUAUCUAUCUGUCUAUCUAUCUAUCUCUCUAUCUACCUAUCACUCCAUCUAUCUCUCAGUUUCUUCGUAUCUAUCUAUCUAUCUAUCUAUCUAUCUAUCUAUCUAUCUAUCUAUCUGUCUGUCUUUCUGUCUGGCUGUCUCUCUCAGUCUGUUCAUAUCUAUCUAUCUAUCUAUCUAUCUAUCUAUCUGUCUGUCUGUCUGUCUUUCUGUCUGGCUGUCAGUUUCAGUCUGUUCAUAUCUAUCUAUCUAUCUAUCUAUCUGUCUGUCUGUCUGUCUUUCUGUCUGGCUGUCAGUUUCAGUCUGUUCAUAUCUAUCUAUCUAUCUAUCUAUCUGUCUGUCUGUCUGUCUUUCUGUCUGGCUGUCUCUCUCAGUCUGUUCAUAUCUAUCUAUCUAUCUAUCUAUCUGUCUGUUUGUCUGUCUUUCUGUCUGGCUGUCUCUCUCAGUCUGUUCAUAUCUAUCUAUCUAUCUAUCUAUCUAUCUAUCUGUCUGUCUGUCUGUCUUUCUGUCUGGCUGUCUCUCUCAGUCUGUUCAUAUCUAUCUAUCUAUCUAUCUAUCUGUCUGUCUGUCUGUCUUUCUGUCUGGCUGUCAGUUUCAGUCUGUUCAUAUCUAUCUAUCUAUCUAUCUAUCUAUCUAUCUAUCUAUCUGUCUGUCUGUCUGUCUUUCUGUCUGGCAGUCUCUCUCAGUCUGUUCAUAUCUAUCUAUCUAUCUAUCUGUCUGUCUGUCUGUCUUUCUGUCUGGCUGUCUGUUUCAGUCUGUUCAUAUCUAUCUAUCUAUCUAUCUAUCUAUCUAUCUAUCUGUCUGUCUGGCUGUCUUUCUGUCUGGCUGUCUCUCUCAGUCUGUUCAUAUCUAUCUAUCUAUCUAUCUAUCUAUCUAUCUGUCUGUCUGUCCAUUUACCUCUUCAUGUCUAUCUUUAUGUCUGUGUUUCUGACUGCCUCUAUAUCUAUCUAUCUAUCUAUCUAUCUAUCUAUCUAUCUAUCUAUCUAUCUAUCUAUCUCAACCUCUUGUAUCUACCUAUCUCAACCAAUUCAUAUCUAUCUAUCUAUCUAUCUGCUCCUAUCUGUCUUUAUUGUUAUCUAUUUAUCUCUCUCUCUUUUCUCUCUCUCUCUCUAUCAGAGUUUUCAUAUAUCUAUCUAUCUAUCUAUCUAUCUAUCUCUUUAUCUUUCGGGUGUGCGUUCAUUGACCGUACACUUGUAUGGUCAUUUAACGAGGUGGAUGUAUGUGCGUAACACUAUCCUCCUCCUCCUCCUCCUCCUCCUCCUCGAACCACCGCAUCCGUCCCCACCCAACGCGCCCCCCGGUUCGUUGUCCUCCUCACAUUUUACGAGAGUUCCCGCGCGCAUCGUCCACGUGACUGUUCCAAUCGAUUCUCCGCGUUCAUUGGCCAUUCGAAAGUUAUUGGUUCCUCAUAUCUAUCUAGCUAUGUUUAUCUAUCCAUCAGUAAUUUUUCAUAUCUGUCUAUCCUUCUAUCAAUUUAUAACAUUUUAUAUCUAUCUAUUUAAAUGUUCAUAUCUAUCUAUCUAUCUAUCUGUCUGGCUGUCUGUCUCAAUCUUUUCAUAUCUACCUAUCUAUCCAUGUAACUCUCAGUUCCUUCGUAUCUAUCGAUCUAUCUAUCUAUCUGGCUUUCUUAUUUGGUGUUCGUCUCUCAAAUAUCUUGAGGCUCAUUCAAGUAGUCCCCUCUAG